AUGGAGCCAUCGAAGGUGGAAAAGUUCAGCACCACCGACAGGGGAAACGGGCUGCGCGCGUUGGCACCACUGCGGCCGGGAGAACUGCUUUUCCGCUCAGAUCCUUUGGCGUACACGGUGAGCAAGGGGAGUCGUGGUGUCGUCUGCGACUGCUGCCUUCUCGGGAAGGAAAAGCUGAUGCGAUGCUCUCAAUGCCGAAUCGCCAAAUACUGUAGUGCUAAGUGUCAGAAAAAAGCUUGGCAGGACCACAAGCGAGAAUGCAAAUGCCUUAAAAGCUGCAAACCCAGAUACCCUCCUGACUCUGUCCGACUACUUGGCAGAGUUGUUUUCAAACUUAUGCAAGAAACACCCUCUGAAUCGGAAAAACUUUACUCAUUUUAUGAUCUGGAGUCAAAUAUUAACAAACUGACUGAAGAUAAGAAAGAGGGCCUCAGGCAACUUGCAUUGACAUUUCAACAUUUCAUGAGAGAAGAAAUACAGGAUGCUUCUCAGCUGCCACCUUCCUUUGACAUUUUUGAAGCCUUUGCAAAAGUGAUCUGCAACUCUUUCACCAUCUGUAAUGCAGAGAUGCAGGAAGUUGGUGUUGGACUAUAUCCUAGUAUGUCUUUGCUCAAUCACAGCUGUGACCCCAACUGUUCGAUUGUGUUUAACGGGCCCCACCUUUUGCUGCGUGCAGUCCGAGACGUUGAAGCGGGAGAGGAGCUCACCAUCUGCUACUUGGAUAUGCUGAUGACCAGCGAGGAGCGCAGGAAGCAGCUGAGGGACCAGUAUUGCUUUGACUGUGACUGUUUCCGAUGUCAAACCCAGGACAAGGAUGCUGAUAUGCUGACUGGUGAUGAACAGGUAUGGAAGGAAGUCCAAGAAUCCCUGAAAAAAAUUGAAGAACUGAAGGCACACUGGAAGUGGGAACAGGUUCUGGCCAUGUGCCAGUCGAUCAUAAGCAGUAACGCUGAGCGGCUUCCUGAUAUCAACAUCUACCAGCUGAAGGUGCUCGACUGCGCCAUGGAUGCCUGCAUCAACCUCGGGCUGCUGGAGGAGGCACUGUUCUAUGGCAUCCGGACCAUGGAGCCUUACAGGAUUUUUUACCCAGGAAACCAUCCCGUCAGAGGUGUACAGAUAAUGAAAGUUGGCAAACUGCAGUUACACCAAGGCAUGUUUCCCCAAGCGAUGAAGAAUCUGAGGCUGGCUUUUGAUAUUAUGAGAGUAACACAUGGCAGAGAGCACAGCCUUAUUGAAGAUUUGAUUCUACUCUUAGAAGAAUGCGAUGCCAACAUCAGAGCACCCUAA